AUGUUCCAGGAAUUCGUAAAGAAACACCCUUCUGUAUUCAAGAUACCCCUCGCCGCCCUGCAGGAUCUCGAACUUAUGAAUAAGUUGGACUCGAUGAUUAAGGAACUGCUUAUGCAGCAGCGCGGAAGCAUGAAACAAAAGAUCGUUACUUCCGCUGAUAGAGGAUCAAAUAUCCAUGCGCUCUGUCGGUCAUUAUCAGGUAACUGCACCGAGAUUACUUCAGCACACUGGUCUCGUCGUUCUUCACUGAUCCAAUUCCGGACUGUCGUUGCAGAGAGCGCAAAGUCCCAAGAGGAAGUCACUUUGAACAGCAACCAUGAACACGUGCCAGCAGAUAUGGAAGGUGACGAGGCCGAUUCCAGCCCUUCAACAGUCACACAGUGCACUUGGACGUUUAAUCAAUACUGGAGCUAUAUUGAUGUUCUUUUGGGUGAGCUCAGGGAUGACGCUAAGAAGAAUACAUCUACGACACAGGCAGCUGAAGAAUUCGUUAAACAAUUUUUCACAGAGGUCCUCCAAGCUGACUUACGAAAAUACCCGAGUACAACGUCCCUCGCUCCAUCCCUCGACUCCGUGACUGUGGACUGGCAAAAGACAAUUCAUAGCAAACUUAUUUGGUGA